AUGGAGACAAUCCAGACAUUGGAGACUACAGUUUCUACCAAUAAGGGGAGUGGGGUUACCUGUGCUCCGCCUCCAAAAGUUGGAAUGCUUUUUAAAUCUUGGAAGGAAAUUGAGUUUUUCUAUCAAACAUAUGCUAAGCAUUGUGGAUUUGGUGUUACUAGAGUGCAAGGAUCAUACACAAGGGAGGCCGAGCUUGCACAUGGAAAACGUAAAUCGAAGAAAUGUGAGUGCAAUGAUAGGGUUUAUGGGAGUUUAAACGUUGAUUGGCUUUGGAUUUUGAAAACUGUUGUGUUGGAGCAUACUCAUACUCUAUCUCUUAGUAUGGCAAAUUUGGUUAAAGAGUAUCGUAUGAAGAAGUUGACUUCAACGGUACGAAAGAGGUUGAUUAAUGUUUUUGAGGAGGGUCUCUCCGUGUCCCAAAUUCGCGGUUGUUUAGGCACUGAGAAUGGAAACUUGCCAAGUGUGAAGGAUCUUCAGCAUGAAGUGUACAAGCAAAGGCGGCUCAAGAUGGCCAGCAGAGAUGCACGAGCCAUGAUGGAAUACUUUGAUUACAUGCAAGCAGAUAAUCAGAAUUUUUACCAUGAAAAUAGGUUGGAUGAUGAUGGUCGGUUAAAAAAUGUCAUGUGGGUGGAUGCAAGGAGUCGGGUAGCUUAUGAAGACUUUGGAGACGUAGUUUGCUUCGAUGCCACAUACCUAACAAAUGAAUUGAUCUUUGAACAAUGGGUAUCUUGUAUGGGUAAUAAAGCUCCUAUUUCCAUCCUCACCGAUCAAGCAGCUUCUAUGCGGAAUCCCUUAGCUGAAGUGAUGCCUAAUACAUGCCAUCGAUGGUGUAUAUGGCAUAUUAUGAGAAAAUUUCCUGAGAAACUUGGCAAGUGUGCCUUGUACGAUGAUUUCAAGAACCCUUUGAAGAAUAUAAUAUAUUACAGCUUCACUGUAGAAGAAUUUCAAACUCGAUGGUGUGAAGCAAUGAAGCUGUAUGGGUUGGAGGACAAUGAAUGGUUGCAAGAUCUUUUUAUUGAGAAGCACAUGUGGGUAACGGCCUACAUGAAAGAGUACUUUUGGGUGAGUAUGAAAACUACACAGAGGGUAGAGAGCAUUAACUAUUUUUUCGAUGGCUAUGUCACCUGUAAAACGAAACUCUUCGAGUUUCCUGAAAAAUAUAACAAAGCGAUGAAGAAGAGGGUUAUGGAUGAGAAAGAUGCUGAUGCAAGGGAUUCCAAGUACAUUAGACAACUUGUGAGUGGAUUCAAAGUGGAACGAUAUUUCCAAAAAAUAUAUACUGAUGCAAAGUUUCAAGAACUUCAAAAAGAAUGUGUAAGGAUGCUAUAUGUUCAGAUCAAGGAGGAGAAAAUUAUCAGUGAAGUUGAAAUUCAUUACUUGGUUUUAGAUCGCGUUUGGGUUGUUCGAGAAGGUUCAAAUGAGGAAACCAUCACUUAUUCCAGAAGGUUUUACUCACUGAUUCAUAACCCUAUCACUAAACAUAUUAGUUACGACUGUAGGAAGUUCGAAAAGGAUGGGAUCCUUUGUAAGCAUGUCAUUAGAGUGUGGGAUGAAAACUUUAUGACAGAAUUUCCAUUGAAAUUUGUUCUAAAUCGGUGGAAAAAGGAUGUGUUGAGGAAGCACACUCGCAUCAAAGUUGCAUACCAUGACCCUACUCAAACAGAGAAAUUUGAAGCAGUCAGACAAGCAGUGAUCAAGAUCCGAGCUGAAGUCAAUGAGCGUCGUGCAAAACUCAUGGCUAAAAAUGGGUCUGGAUCAGAAAUAGGGUCAUCAAAUUCACCUGGACUAGAAGGCACUCCUAAGUCUGUGUCCAAGACUUAUAAUGUCGCUACAUGGGGUAAUAAAGCUGUGCCCAAUACUUCUGAAAUCAAUGGAGGAAAAGGUUCAGGAAAUGUAAUCCAAAACCCAGUCACUCAAAAGAAGCCUAAAGGCCGUCCAAAGGGAUCAAGGAACAAGACAUUGUCUGAAUUAGGAUACAAUGCAGCCAAAGGGAAAAACAGUAAGAGAACCCAGAAGCAAGCACAUGUAGGAUUUGUAGAUGAGUCAAUCCAACCAACUAAAUUGCCGGUGAAAAGGAGGAAACAACCGAACCCCUACACUGAGUUCUACGCUGUCACUCCUGCUGAUGAUGUUCCAUGUGAUGAUUUUGAGCUCAACAUGUCCACCCAGGAGUGGACCAGUGACCACCAAAUGUUUUAA